AAAUUUUACUAAUAAAUAAAAUAAUUUUUUUAAUAUUUAAUCUGUUAUUUUUUUUUUAAAUUACACCAACUAACUCUUCUUUUUUUUUCAUUACAUUAUAUAUUCCUUUCAAAUAAGUUGCAACCUAUUAUUUAAAUAUAUAUUUGUUUAAUUAUUUUUAUUUAUUUUAAUAUCCAAUUCCAUUUUAUAUUCAUUUUUUUUAUUUUUUUUUCAAAUUUAAAUUAAAUUAUUAAAUUUUUAUAAAUCAUUUCAAUUAAAAAUAAAAUAUAAUAAAAAAAUGGGCGUUCAAUUUAGUAAUAUUGGAAAUAGAUGGCUUAUUGAAAGAUCAAUAAUGAUAGAGAAAAAAAAAAGAAGAAGUAAAAGCUUAAUCAAAAUUUUAAUGUUAGGUAAUGAAAAUAGUGCAAAACAUACCUUUGCAAAACAAGUCAAACUAAUAUAUCAAAAUGGGUCAUUUUUAAACUCUGAUGCAAAAUCAAUAUUACCUUAUAUUAAACUAUAUAUCAGUAACUGCUUCAAAGAUGUCAUAAGGGUUGUACAUGCUCAAGAAAAACCUGUUUACUCUACCGAUGAUGGAGAAUUGGCAUGGAAUAAACUCAAAGCAUUUUCAUAUUGCCCAUAUGAUUUCAAACCCAACAAAGAAUUAGCAAAAUAUAUCUACGACUUGUGCCAUGAUCCAUCUUUUAAAUUAGUUAUCUACCCAAUUAUAUCAUCGAGAAGAGAAGAUGCAUUUUAUUUAAUAGAAAAUUGUAAAAGAAUGUCAAGUGAAGAUUAUAUACCCACUGAUGAAGAUAUAUUAAGAUGCUCCAAUACCUCUAAUCAAUCGGGAAUAUUUGAUACAAAAUUAGAAGUUGGUAAAUGUCAAUAUGUUUUUGUGGAUGUUGGCAAUCAAAGAUGUGAUAGAAAGAAAUGGAUACAUCAAUUUGACGAUGUUGGUGUAAUAUUAUACUUUUUGUCACUAGAUGAAUUUGACCUACCACCAGAUGAAAAGAUAAACUGCAAUAACAAAUUACAAGAAAAUAUAUUAAUCUAUGAAGAAAUUGUAAACAAUCAUUUCUAUCUAAACACUCCUGUAAUCAUUUUAUUAAACAAAAAAGAAGAGUUUACACAGAAAUUAAAAAAGGUACAAUUUAAUACCUAUUUCCCAGAGUAUAGAGGUUCCAACCACCCAAACGAUGUCAGCUCAUUUAUAUCAAAUAAAUUCAAACAACUAGAUCAUUUCCAUAUCAACAAAAGAUUAUUUAUUCAUUCAUUUAACUCUACAAACGAAGACCAAAUAAUAGAUUUCUUUUCAUAUGUAAAAAAAAUUUUAGAAGAUUCAAUUUAAAUAAAUAAAAAUAAAUAAAAAAAUGUAAAUAGAUAU